CAGAAAUCUCAGGUUGCAUGAAAGUCCAACCGCUGGUGGUCGGCAACCUGGCUUCUGACUGGACCUAUGAAAACGGUCCUAGGUACGAGUAUAUGAGCUCCCGACAGAUUCAUCUCGCUCAGAUACUCACGGACAAGCUACAAUUCACUGCAGCAAUGUAGCUAGUCCAGGCUAACCAGGGUACGCUGGCUGCGUGGCCAAGCAACCAGGAACUUCGCAUGGUCACCGUUGGGUUUUCCCACCUUCAUAAGAGCAGGUACGAUUCCUUCCUUUACAAUCCAGUCAUUCUAUCGGAAGCUAUCAUCUCUAACCCACACUUCAUGGUCAAUAUCCUCGGUUGGUCGUGUCUUUGAGCGAGGUUUCUGGUGGGCGCUUUGGUGACAGUGUCGAUGGAGAUGGGAUCUUCAAACAACCUGCUUUGACUCUUCAAGUCGAUCGCAUUGAAUUCUUUGCACGCGAACGAGCCAUGGGCAACGCGCGUUGCUCUCAUGGCUGCCGUUUCCCCAAUGGCAACGACCACCACGAUGCAGACAACAACCGCACCCACGACAACAUAUCUCAAAGUUUUCGAGGAAAACGUCGUCUUCUAUAGCCAUGUCUAUAGCGAACUAGCCGGGAGCAUCGUGGGCGUGGACACCGACCAAGACCAGACCACGGUUGCGAUCAACUGUAUCCAGAGCCUGCUCGCGAACUGUUCCAUGAGGUCCAUCGGCAUGCCACCUACGUUUACCAUGGGCCCCUCCACCUUUAUCUAUAGUUGGAGCUCGACCAGACAGAACUCCCAGGAAUACACGAUCGACAUCCAAUCGGAGGGGUGCAAGAUCUUCUCUUCAACCGAAAGUGCAUCUUGCUGGCUCUACGCGAGUUACUGGCAUUCAGCCGGCACGACAAGCACGUCAAAAAGUGUAUGGGAGAAUGUGACGAUGAACUCGGCAGAUAUCACGUACGAUACCUUGAUGGUUACAGCCGGUGUUGAGAAGCUGCUAGCACCCGCCACGGCAACACAGACUCAGGACGUCACUUCCACUGCCACUGCUUCGUUCUCGACCGCAUCAGCCGCCUCUUCCUCCAGUUCAAGUCCAGAAAGACAUUCCUCGAAGGCCUGGAUCGCAGGGCCAGCUGUCGGUGCCGUGGCCGGAUGCGCCCUGAUUGCAGCCGGAACAUACUGGUGUCUCAGGUGGAAGAAACCGCGAAAGAUGACUGGGACUGAAACAGCCAUCCAACACCCUUCGGGGGGCAUCGGUACUUACAGCAAUCUUCAGGCUCCAGAAAAGGCAGAUAUGGCAACAGAAACUCAAGGCACUCCUGUAGCAGAGCUUCCAGCGCAUGAUUCUACGUGGCCUCGGGAGCUAGCCUAAUACUUUGUCUUAUGGGUCCUCAGUGAAUAAUAGAUGAGCCAGUCGUAGAUUACGGGGUGUCGGGCUAUGCUUAUCUACCAUUUCCAUCGAUAAAUGUGGACUACUUAGGUGCUUAAAAUCAUUUGCAAUGUGAAAUAACACUCAAU